ACGUGACGGCGGCGCAGCGUUGCCUAGGCAGCGGCUGCGGGCGGAAAGAGGGAGGGGGCCGGUCCUCCGCCCUGGCUCGGCCGCCUGGCCACCCGGCCGCGACACAGACGCUAGCCACGAGUCGGAGCCGAGAGCUGGAGCCAAGCGCACUGAGGGCUGGCUAGCCAGGCCUGGUCCCCACCAUGAGUGCAGAACUCAAUGUGCCCAUGGACCCCUCUGCCCCUGCCUGCCCUGAACCUGGCCACAAGGGCAUGGAUUACCGGGAUUGGGUCCGACGCAGCUACCUGGAACUGGUCACGUCUAACCACCAUUCGGUGCAGGCGCUGUCCUGGAGGAAGCUGUACCUGAGCAGGGCCAAGCUGAAAGCCUCCAGCCGGACCUCAGCCCUCCUGUCUGGCUUUGCCAUGGUGGCCAUGGUGGAGGUGCAGCUGGACACAAAGUACCAGUACCCUCAGCCCCUGCUCAUCGCCUUCAGCGCCUGCACCACGGUGCUGGUAGCCGUGCACCUGUUUGCCCUGCUCAUCAGCACGUGCAUCCUGCCCAACGUGGAAGCCGUGAGCAACAUCCACAACCUCAACUCCAUCAGCGAGUCACCGCACGAGCGCAUGCACCCAUACAUCGAGCUAGCCUGGGGUUUCUCUACCGUUCUAGGCAUCCUGCUUUUCCUGGCUGAGGUGGUACUUCUCUGCUGGAUCAAGUUCCUCCCGGUAGAUGCCAAGGAUCAGUCAGUCUCCGAUAGCCACACGGGCUGGCAGGCCGCUCUGGUGUCCACCAUCAUCAUGGUCCCCGUGGGUCUUAUCUUCGUGGUCUUCACUAUCCACUUCUACCGUUCCCUGGUGCGGCAUAAGACAGAGCGCCACAACCGUGAGAUCGAGGAACUACACAAGCUCAAGGUACAGCUGGACGGGCACGAGAGAAGCCUGCAGGUGGUGUGAGCGAGGCCUUUGCGAUUUGAUACCAGCCUGAACCGGAGAGCAACCCUCAGGCCACCAGGCAGCCGGUAGGUGUAGCCAAGGAGGCUGCCAGACCAACCCGGGCUGCAUGAGAUCCACCAGGCAUCACAAGAGCCUCAGUGGGGAUUGCUAAACAGACUGCCCAGAUGCUGCUCCAAUAAUUCCAUCCUCCUGUCCUCGCAUGAGUAAGGGUCUAAAAGGAGUGAGAAAGCAUCGGUUUCAUCAUGGAGGCCAGAGGAAGAAGCAUGACCACAUGGCCCUGGGGACUUCCUGAGUCCAAUCAAGCAUAUCAGAAAGCACUGUAGAUCUCAGAUAUCUGGACCUUGUGAUUGGCAUGGUAGGAUGGCAAAUUCCCAAAGCCAGCUGGGGGGGGGGGGGCGGGGUGCUGGGGCUCAGGUAGGAGAGUGCUUGCCUAGUGUGCAGGAAGCACUGCAUCAACCAGGUCAUCCCAGGGUCAUGGCAGUGCGAGGGAGGUGGAGAAAGGUAGACCAGGGGUUCAGAGUUGUUCCCUGCUACAUGGUGAGUUUGAGACUACAUGGAACAGUCAGACGAAUGCACACGCAGCACGAGAGCACACACACAUGCACAUGCACAGGCGUGAGAGCACACACACGCACAUGCACAUGCAUGUGUGAGGGCACACACAUGCAUGCACGAGCUCACACACACCGUGCACACAUGCACGCACACACACACACCAUGCACACACGCACGUGCACUCAGGCACACACAAAGAAUAGGCUGCUUGAGAGUGCAGAGGUGGGCCCGGUGCUGGCACACGGUAGCAUGGCUUGUGAUGAGAGACAGGGAUCUGUUAGCCAAUCUGUAGCUCAGCUUGGUUCCUUCCUCCCAACUCUGGAGGGUCCCUGUGUGUUCAGGAUUCUGAGGCACACAGCAGCUUGACAAGGGUAACAGAUACUGUUAUUGGAUUCGGAGUUGUCUGGUCCUAGUGUGGGAGUCCUGGCACAAUUGAUAAGAAAUGUCUUCGAGCCCACCACUGCAGGCUAAUUGAGGCCAGAGACGGGGACACACACACACACACACACACACACACACCACGAAGCAGACUCCCACAGGCCUGAGCCAGCCCCUCCCCUCCCCCUCCCCAUGGACUGUGGCACCAGGCAGGGGCACCAUCUCAGAGACUAGCCAGCUGGCUCAGCUCCCUUCUGUCUUUGGCCCCUAGAUGUUGAGAGGAUAAACUGGGGAGACUUCCUGUUUUUGCAAAGUGGUUAGCCCUGUGGUUAGGCCUGUGGGUGGGGCAGGGACCUGCCCCAGCCUAAUAUAGGCACAUAUUCCCUGCAAUGAGGCUGGUCACCGGCAGAGAAGGGGAGACCUCAACACCCCAUUGCCAGGCCUGCCAGGACUCUCCAUGCAGGUCCCUGCCGCAUGUUUACACAGCUGUGCGUGAGUUUGGCCUUGUCACUACUGGGCAUCUGGCCACCAGGCUUGUGUUGUCAUGCAUACUCUGCCAUUAUGUAGGAGGGGUGCUUACCCGGUUCUGUAACUUUACCUAGGGACGGCUGAGGUCUCUCACUCUGUAUAUGAAUGGUCCCUGGGCUCCUGUGAGCGCCACUUCCGUUUCUUACAAACAGCUUUUCUCUGGAAUCUGGAUUUGGUGUCUGAGGGAUCCUGGAGGGCCCCACCCCCAUCCCCCGAAGUCUCUGGAAGUGGGACAUACUGCUGAGCAUGAACGAUGACAAGCAGAGGCCCCCUGGGGAGCCUUGUAAACUGUGAGGUCAUUGGACAAGGCAGGACAUGGUGUCCAGUGACUCCAGGGAAAACGCCCUCUGUCUUUCAAAGGCUGUAUCCUUCAAUACCCUCCACCCCUGCAGACAUCCCCUUGUGUCUCAGACCUCUGUUUUUUGAGGGUCUUUUGGGAAGGCCAGCCUAGUUUGAUUUGUUUGUUUUGCAAAAAAAAAAAAAAAAAAAAAAAA